CUCUUCGAAACCUCACAAUCACUCUUUUGGGCUUCCUUCGGCUUAGUCGAUUUGGUAUCAUUCGAUUUAGCUGGCAUUAAAAGCUUCACACGCUUCUGGGCUUUACUCAUGUUCGGCUCAUACUCGGUGAUCAAUAUCAUUGUGCUGCUCAACAUGCUCAUCGCCAUGAUGUCUAAUUCAUAUCAAAUAAUUUCGGAACGCGCAGAUGUUGAAUGGAAAUUCGCACGCUCUCAGCUUUGGAUGAGCUAUUUCGAGGAUGGUGGCACCGUACCGCCACCAUUUAAUAUAAUGCCAUCAGUAAAGUUGCUGCGGAAAACUCUGGGCAAGGAGGCACCAAAGCGUACUAAGAGUUUUAUGCGUAAAACUAAGGAGCGCGCACAAUCGUUACACGACAAAGUCAUGAAGCUGCUAAUACGGCGUUUUGUCACCGCAGAGCAGCGAAAACGCGACGACUAUGGCAUAACCGAGGAUGAUAUCAUUGAAGUGCGUCAGGAUAUUAGCUCUUUGCGUUUCGAACUGCUGGACAUUUUCCAAACCAAUCGCUUCAAUGUGCCCGAUAUUGAGAAGAAAACAGCAGCUGCGGCGGCUGGCACGAAGAAGGGUAAGGUAAUGGAACGACGUAUACUUAAAGAUUUCCAAAUCGGUUUUGUUGAGAAUCUGCAACACGAAAUGACCGUAGGAGAUGAGGGUAGCAAGGAUAUCUUCUCAUCGUUGGCGCGAGUAAUUGGCAAGAAGAAGUCGCUGAAGUCGGGUGACAAGGAUUGGAAUGCCAUUGCACGCCAAAAUACAAUGACUGCAGAUCCGAUUGGCUCGAAGCGUUCGUCCAUACAGCGACAUAGCCAACGCAGUCUGCGGCGCAGGAUUAUCGAUCAGGCGAACGAAGGUCUCAAGAUGAAUCAGAAUCAGCUAAUUGAAUAUAAUCCCAAUCUCGGAGAAGUAACUCGUGCCACACGUGUUGCUUAUGUCAAGUUCAUGAAGAAGAAGAUGGCUGCUGAUGAAGAAGGUGCCGCGAGCGCCCCUGCAGAUGCUGAAUCCGUAACAAGUACCACCCUUAAGGAUGAAAAAGCUGCAGGCUCAAAGAAGGUCAAGUCUGAUGAACAGAAAGCCGCUAGCGAUGAAAAAGCUGAUGCCGUUUCCAAAACUUCAACUUCCAAAGAUGGCAAGCCGGGCGAUGGCAAACCGGCCGCACCAGCACCGCCUGGAAAGCCCGCAGCUGGCGCCAAACCAACCGAUGCUGUAAAGAAAGACGAUGCGGGAAAGCCUGCUGCCGGCGCUGCGCCAAAACCAGCGCCAACUGCUGCCAAACCUGAUGCGACUACAAAGAAGGAUGAAGCCGCUAAGCCCGCAGGUGCGCCGGCUGCUGGCGCCGCUAAACCAGGUGAUGCAGCAGCCGCUAAGCCAGCUGUUGCCAAACCCGGCGAAUCUACAAAGCCUGAAGCUGCCACAAAGAAGGAGGAUGCGGGAAAAACUGAAGCUGCUAAGCCCGGCGCUGCAGCUGGCGCUGGUGCGACCGCUGCCGCCGCCAAAGGUGCUGCACCAGCUGCGCCAGCGGGUGCUAAGCCAGAUGCGCCAGCUGCUGGUGGUGCCAAACCAGCAGAUGCGGGACCGGCGACUACGAAGGCUGCAGGUGAUGCUGCCGGUGGUAGUGGUGCUGGUGCUGCAGGUGGUGCCGGAGCAACUGCAAAAACGGACGACAAAAAGGCUGAUGAGAAGAAGGGUGACGAAAAGAAGCCGGAUGACAAGAAGCCGGACGACAAGAAAGCAGCAGCGCCUGCAGCUGCCAAGCCAGUUAUUAAGGUGGGUCAAAGCAGUGCGGCAGCUGGCGGUGAACGUGGCAAAUCGACGGUCACAGGUCGUAUGAUAUCUGGUUGGCUAUAAGGUGGGAAUUUAUAUAUGUAUCUAGGAGCCAACGAUCUACAUAAGUAUUUUCAAAACAAACACACUUACAUACUGAGCUUUGUAUGAGACAAAUAAAUUUAUAUUAAAUUGAAGUCAUUUUAAGUGAAAUAAAUAAAAU